GAUUACUUUUCUGGCGUAGUAAUUUAGACGUGGCACUUCCGUCAAAAUGGUUGACAACUUGAAAAUGAAAGUAUCCGAAUGUCACCUAAAGAUCACAAUCGCUGCUUAAUACUUGCUACCUGUUGCUAUAUACGUUACUUAUUUAUGAACAGGUUCGAGCUAAGCAUUAGUAACAUCCAGACCGUGGCCUAUUUACAGUUAAACAUAAAAAUAAUAUUAUUUUUUUGAAUAUUUUCUAGAACUAUUUUGACUUAGUACUAAGACAAGCCUAAGCCUAAGGACUAAGGAAUUUUGUACUUUUGUUUUUUUUCUUUUAUCGAGUACAAACAAACUCCCCGAAAGGUUGGCCAAAUCUAAUAAAAUGUCUAAUAAUUAUAAUUUCUAACUGGCUAUCCUAUAGCCUUUAUAGGCCUAUACAAGGACUCAUCAAUAAGUAGUCCAUAUUCAUUAUUAGUAUUUUAUUAUUUGGGCUAAGUCGCUAAGUUAUGGUAUUUAAUUUUCAAAAUUAAGGUACUUACAUUCAUACACAUAGUAUCAUAGUCACAAUGAGAAUGAUUGUGCCAAGUGAAGCUGAGCAGAAGUAGGCUCAGUUUCAGUAGGGCCUGCCCCUUUUUAAAACCAUGUUAUAUGUUUAUGUCUGUUCUGUUGUUAUAAGUUAGUAAGUUAGAUUAAUUAGAUGCAAACAAUAAUUGCUUUUUAACUAAAACAAUAUAUGAUCAGCUUUAAUGAUGAUUUUACAAAAUACAAAUGUAAACAUUAUAAUUAAUAAGUUAUGGGAUCUCUGUUAGUGUACUAUUUUUUUAUUGUUGAAAAUAAUUAAAGGCUCCCAUAAUUAAAUGAUAUUUGUAGCCUAAAAAUAUUAAUAGGACUAUAAGGAGAUUAUAGUUGUAUAAUAAUUAAUAAUAGUAAUAGGCAUUUAAAGUAAGACUUAAAGCAUGUUAGCCAGGGCUUUAGUAGGCCUAUUAUUGACCUAUCACUAUGUGUCCUAUCCAGCCUAUUCUACCUAAUAAUUAAGAGUAAGAUACUCAUAACUGUAUUGGCAAGUAUUGGGAAUAAUUUGGGGCCAUGUGUAAGUGUUCAGUGUAUCAACUUAACUACACAAUUUUUUCACAUACUAACUAAAGUGCUAGAGUUUUGUUAGACUUGUUAAACCUAAAUAGUCAAUAGGCUAAGUAAUACCAGCGUAGUAGGCCUUGUAUAGGCAAAUAUUCAGCCCAAGUAUUAUUGCAAGGCAUGGCCCUAAAUAAUAUCUUAAAACAUUUAACAUUUUUUUACAAAAAUAGCUAUGAGGCCUAAUCAUUUUUCUUUCAGAAUUACCAUUUACUCAGAGUGAGAUCAUAGCAAGUUUGGAUUUCGUCAGGAUAAUAAAUCUAGUUCAUCCAGUAGACAGUAGAGGUGAUUGCUGUAUCUUUUUUACAUUUUGCAGUCAUGGCACGUCUUGUAGCUAUUUGUGAACCUGACAUUAAUUUUGAGUUUCAGCGAAGGCAGGUGCCAAUAGAAGUUGAUAAUAUGAAGGUAAGAAUAGGCAAAAUUUCUCCUUGUCCGAAGUAUUAGGACUGAUAACAGUCAUUAUCUAUUUUCCUUAAAAAUCCCUUUUUGUAGGCCUCAUGUCAUGAAGUAGUUUUCAAGGUUAUUUUUAAGGUUUUUAAAAACCCUAAGCUUUUAUAAUUUGGCUUAUACAAUUUAUGAAAUAACUUAAGUUAUACAGACUGACAAAACAAUGACCAAUAGUGCACAGAGCUCUGAUUUUAUUACACUAUGAAUUGAUUUUAAUGUUUUAAUUACUUGGUUCUUAGAUGGUUGUUCAAUUCAGUGACAAGUGUGUUGAUUGCGAAAAAUUAUGUGGUGUGAAACAGAAAGAUCUUGAACUCUUUACCAACAAAUUUAAUACACUCACUAAAGAUGAAGUAUCCGUUGCACUGCUGGUGUCAGGCAAAGACAUAAUGAGUUUACUAUCUCAUAUGGUGCCUUGUGUAGGUUGCAGAAAAAGGUUUGUAAAUAAUCUAAUUUCAUAAAAUUGUUUAUUAUAUAGAUUAAUUGCAGAAAAUAUCAAUAAUGAAACACAUUAGAUGUUGCUUUGUUUUAGAUUUUAAAAAUUUGAAACAAAUAGGGUCGAAAAAAUAGGUUCAUUAGUAAGUAGUUCAAAUAAGAAAAUUUUUUGACAAGUUAUGAAAUGUCUGAUAUUGCUAUAGUAUUAAGAUUAUUUAUGCUGAAUUUUUCUUCUCAGUGUGGAAAGAUUAUUCCUUCAAUUACAAAAAUCACAGCAUCCAGCCUUAGAGCCCUUAGUGAUAACACCAAGAGGAGAAAUGUCCGUCCAACAUGAGUAUUUGUUUGAUCCACGCUCGCUCUUUGCAUUAUUUCAUGUGCAUGGGUAUGUUGGAAAUUAUUAACCAUUAAAUAUUUUAAAAGUGAUUUAGAUGAUCGAACUGUUACAUUUUUGUGUACUAGUGUCAAAGUAUCUAAAAUGUCUUCUCUUUUUAACAAAGAUCAUCAUUGCAUAUGUUUUAAAUACCUUCCUGCCUAACUAUUAUUUCACCUUCAUGAUUUUAUUUAAAAGUAAGUAUAACAAAGGCUAGUGGAGAACAUGGUUUUUUCUUCUUUUUAAUUAAAAUGCUUUCCAUUACAUUACUGUCAUAUUCCUAUGCAUAUUUUUAAGAAUAUUUUGAACACAACUCUCCACAGUUCCAAACUUCAUUCUGUUGUUGAGUCAAUACCAAAAAGUAAGAAAAACAAGAGGUGCAACUUACAUUCUCUAGAGACCCACAAGUCACGGACAUUAGGGUAAAAUGGACAUUUAAUUAAUCACAACUUAAAAUAUCUCUAGCAUAUUGUUAGUUUAUCAAGCUUAUUUCUAAAUUUUGUGCAAUAUAUUUUCUUUAUGUUUCAGUAUAAUUAUAAUAAUUUUUAAUUACUUUCUUGUUUAAUAAUGAAUGUUUUCAUGAUCCCUUAUUGCAUGUACUAUUUAAAAGCUUUGUUGGAUUUGAUUUUUUGGUCAGGUGUUGGUUAGAUGCCUGGGAUGCACUUUCAGAGUCAUGUAGAGAAAAAGUUCUAGUGGUUGAUAUGAAACGUCUGCUAAAUACAGUAGAUUCAUACCUUGAUAAACAUAAGUAAGUUAGCUCCAUACUAGCUGUAAUUAUUUUAUUAAGAAAAAUGAGGUGAAAAUAAAAUAGUGGUUUUCACUAUCCAUUGCUAAUCUCGUAGUAUGUUUACUUUUGAUUAUUAGGCUCUGAAAACUAAUUAAUCUAUAAAUAAUGUUUUAUUGAUGUGAUCAUAUUUGUAUCCUAGAUUUUGUGGGGAGUGUAAAUCCAAGGUGAUGUUAGCGUACAACAUUCUUAUUGGGGAGGUGGACAGCUCCACGGAAAAGGGUUACUGUGCAGCUCUCUAUGAAAACUUGAGGUGUUGUGCCAAAGAGAGGCAUGUGCAUGUUCUUAAUGACACAGACUUUAUUGCUCAUUUGUUAGAGAAAGCAGAACCAGAAUUUUUAGGGGGGUAAGUCCUUAUUAAUUGUUAUAAUAAUUAUUUGUAAGAGAAUGCUGGAGUCCUAUUGUUCUAUCAUACUAAGGUUUUAUGUUUCUGAAAUAGCCUCUUUCUGUUGUAAAAUUUGAUUACCAGUAUUUAAAAAGUUAUUUCUGUAAAGAUUAUCUAGUUGGGUUUCUGAUGUUCAGCUAAUUUUUAAAUAGCUGAUUCGGCUCACCUUAAAUUCUUCUAAUAUUGCAGACAUUUGUUUCUCUCAGAAGAGAAAGAGGUAUGCUAGGUAGUUAAUCUACUACCAACCCCUUAGGAAAUUAAGAUACACCAAGACUCGUGAAAAUUAUAUCCUUAUGACUGCAAUAUGCCAACAGCAAUUCAAAAUGCAUUUACAGCAUCAAUUUUAUCAUCUUUUAUCAUUGCAUUCUAUUCUUCUUUCAGAAAAAGAGACAGACAUGCAAAAACCUUAGAUAUAGCUCAAGAAGAGGUUCUCACAUGCUUGGGAAUUCAUAUAUUUGAGCGCCUCCAUCGCAUCUGGCAGAAGCUGCGUAGUGAGGAGCAGACUUGGCUUAUUUUGUUUUAUAUGGGAGUUGAUGCAUUAAGGAAAAGUUACCAGGUUAACUGUGAUAUUAAGCUAAUAAUCAUUUUCAUCAAGUUAUGAGAGGUUUAUCACAAUUAGAUAUACUUUAAAAUGUAUUAACAGGGCAUAGUAUUGAUUUAUUAAUGAAAUAUCUUGACAAAUAUAUGAACAAUAGAAACUAUUUUUUUUAAAAGAAAAUUAUUUACAUUUUCAAUUAAGUUAAGUAAGGAAUUGUGUUGAAAGAUAUAGAAUAGUUAUCUACAAGAAGGUAUCAAUUAAUCUCUUAGACUGCACUUGAAGAAAAGCAAGGAGCCUCAAAUCUGGAACUGCUCUGUGAAGAACUGGAGGAGAAGGAAAAGAGACAAGAAGAACGUAAAGAGCUGAAGCGACAGAAGAAGAAACAAAAGAAAGCUAAAGCUCAAGUGUGUUCUGUAGCUAUGAUCAACUCGUGUUCUGACAUUUUAGGGAUUACUAAAAUCCCAUGCCAGGUAGGACUCCUAAAAAAUAUCUACUUCAACAACUAGGCUCUAUUGAUGUAUUCACCUAAUUAUAGAUAACUCUAGCCUUGAUGAGGGCAGAGAAAGCAUCAGGACAUUCAAAAUAGGGUUGCACCAUAAGCAAAUUAACAGAUAACUGAUAAUGUUGAUUUUUUAAACGUUGAUUAUCUUAAAUGUCCUUUAUCCAAACUGCCAAUCUUUUUUAUUAUUAUUAUCAUCGUAAUCAAUGCAAGUUACCAUAAAUCAAGUAUUGGCCCAUAAGAAACUCAUAACAAACCUAAAAUUCACACUCCUGUUGCAUAAUCCGGGUAAAUUCUUAAUUUGUAUUGUACAUGCAGGGACCAGGGUUGGAUAAUGCGAUCUGCAACCAUUUAUAUUUAUAUAUAUCUAUGAAAACAUGACUGCAAAGACUAAGUGACCUCAUGUUUUAUUCUCUGUGUCAUCUCUUUUUGGAAAAUACCUCCUUUUUGCAGAAAAGUAAUUCUAGUGCUUACCAGUUGUCGUUUUUUUUACAUCAAUCAGUUGAGACUGCUGAAGAUUACUGUACUUAAUACACUACAACAAAAUUAAAAGUUUAAUUUACAAAGUGGCAGUUCAAAGAGUAUGGUGUUUAAUCUGUGCAAUCCAUUUCAAACUACAUUUUUUUUUCACCCUUAAGAAACUAUAACAAAUCAUGUAAUAUUAUAGAGUGAGAUUAAAAAUCUGUAUUCAACCAAUGUCUAUUAAGUUGACUGAAGAGCUUUAUUCAUUUUUAUUUGUAUGAAUUUAAAUUAUGAUACUUAAUAGGCACAGAAAGGUUCUUAUAAUAAGCCAUUAUUAAAAUUAUUGUAUUGCAGUGUUCAAGCUUGGAGCCCAACAACAAUCCAAAGAAUAUGAAUUUACAUCAUCACCACAACAGCCGGAGUUCUUGCAGUGAUGCAAACUUCAACUCUCUCACUGUGUCAUUACAAGGGUGUGACCUUGGCCUCCAAGGCAGACAGGGUUUAACAGGUCGAGAUGGCCUGGUCAGAGCUGAUGGCUGGAUCGACUCUUUAGACAUGGACAGUUGUGAAAGUUGUAGCAUGCAUGGGUCAAAUGAGGGUUCAGAAGGUAAGUAGCAUUAUGACAGUAUUAACUGUGUAUAAAUAUCAAUAAAUAAAUUGAUGUGUUGAUCACAUUCUUUGGAAUUUUUCACGACAAAAGAUAUAUACAAGUGUUAGUUAAUCUUUUAAAAUAUCAAGCUGAAAAUUUAUUUGGAUCUGUAACAUUGUAUUUGUUUACCUACUUGAGGAUCAUUUCUCAUACUUUAGUAUUUAAUAGCCUCAACCAUAGGAAAUUAAACAAACUUUUUUUUUUGUUAACAUUUUUGGGUACCAGCAACCAAUAUAAAUGCAGUUCUUUUUGUCAUUUUAGUAGUAAAGUUUCUUGAGGCAUUUAAAUUGUACUUCAUGAUUUAAAAUAAUUUGAUCCUUACUUCAGAGGGGGAAUGUUCUGGCUCGUGUACAGAGAGUGUCGACAGCUGUGAAUGUGAUAUGUUAAGAGUCUCUCCCAAACGAGGAAGAGGACAACAUCAGGUAUGUAGGGGGGGGGGGGCAUUGUCAAGACAGGGUCCUUAACAGGUAUGUAGGGGGGGGGGGGGGCAUUGUCAAGACAUGGUCCUUACAAGACCAGAUUGAUGAGGGGGCAACAUGGUUGAUGGUCAAAUGGGGUCCUAUUUUACUGUUUUGCCAUAUGACAUGUCAUAUUAUGAUUGAAAAUGAUAAAAUAUUUUGUGUUUUCCUCUUUUGUAGAAUAAUAUGUAUGUAUAUAAAUAUAAAUCUCAUGACUUGUACUGUCCUAUCUUAUUAUUAUUUCACCAUUUUGUAUCUGUAACUUAUUCUCAAUUUUUGUCUCCAGGUCAAUUUUUUAGCUGGGUGCCAUAGCAACAAAUUUUCAUUCCAUGCAAGUGAUCAGCCGUCACUACAAGACCUGCUAGAAGUAUGUUGUUUACAAUCUAAUGUUUAUUAUGUCCAAGACAUUCUCUAUUUUUAAAUCCUUUAUAUUUACUUUGCCUUUUUUUUUGUGGCUGGCUGGGUGGCAAAAUCUUUGGCUAGCUAAUUGACUGACUUACCCUCAAGAUGUCAAGCUGAAACUUAUAACAUAGACUUGUUGCCCAUGACAACACAUUCUAUCAAAUUUUUAGCCCAGACCCCCAAAAAUCAGUUUUUCUUGUUUUUCAAGGGCAAAUUGAAGGAAAAAUUCCUGAUAGCUGCGUUAAAUGAUAUUCUUUAAAAUAAUUUAUUGCAAGUGCAUUUGGUGCAUAAUGUUUUCUUUUGCCUUUCUGAAAUAGUUGGUGAAAUAGAUAUGCAGUGUAAAAGCGGUUGUGUCAUUAGAAUAUUAAUAUAGCUCAGGGGCAUGAAAAAAAUGUGCGUUUGUGAGCCUGGGGGUGGGGUGGGGGGUUGACCUAUUGGGAUUCUUAUAAAGUGCAUUACUUGUAUGCAUGUUUUGUAAAAUUUACCCCCCAUUGCUCGAUAUUACAUUUUAUAAAGGAUUUAUAAAAAAAAUAUGUUUUUAAGGAUUGUUUAAUUUUAGCUUAAUAUAAGGCUGUUCAUUUUAGUUGAAACAUGAACUUCAAAGCACUAUCUUGACAUUUUGUUGUAUAAUUUUCUUGAAAACAUAUACAGAAGUUAAAAAAAGAUUCCUAAAACAUUGUUUAUUUUUAGUACGGUAUAUUACUUGGAUGAGAGAAAAUAAACAAUGCCUUAAAACAAUUUUUUUAUAUUUUGGAUUGGUCAGAAAUAUAAAAUUCAGGGGCAGUUUACAAUAUUCUCUAUUUUUUUCAAAAUUUACCAAAAUAUUUUCAGGAGCUUUGCUGGGAAGAGGGUGAUAGUGAAGAUCCUGGUAUUUCCGAGGAGGAAAUUUUGGAAUUCAAAGCCAGACAAGGUGAAGUUGACAGUAAACGGCAAAAGCUCCGACAGAACCUUCGACAGCGUUUUGAAGAGUUACAUAUGUCAAGACAUGUUAAUACUAUGUAGCUCUCUUGCAUGGAGAAUGUAUUCUAACUUAUGGUUUAUCUAAGUAUAAAUUACUUGUAUGGUAAAAGGCAGGAUUUCAUAAAUUUCUUUGUCGACAUGGGGUAAAUUUACAAACCAAUUAGUUUGUAAUCAGUCAUGAAGCUAAUUAUGAACAUAUCUGAAUAACCUUGUUUUUUGUUAGGUUGUUUUAAAAAAAUUUAUUUUAAUUGCUGGUUUAUUUUAUUUAACAUGACCUAUCAGAGACUCUGUCAGUUUUUCCUGGUGCUAAAUACUGUUUUUAUUUUUUUAAAUUGUCAAAAUAUUUUUAAAAGCAAAAUCAUCUUUUUUAAAAAGUGUUUGUGGAAAUGCUUGUGAACGACCCUGAAACAGUGUACGCCCUGGAAAUUGGGAGUCAAAAUGUUAUGUUUCAGUUGUUUUACUUUAUUAAAAGUAUUCAAAUUCUGAAAAACAUAGUGCUUGUGAAAUGAUGCUUUAAAAAUAGCAAUAGUAUUGUGGAAAUGCUGAGCUUUGUUAAGCAGUCUAUUUUGUUUGUUAGCUUUAUUUAUUAUUGUCAUCUGAAUUUUAAUAAAAAUGUGUUUGAGGUGAAGAUUUGGAAAAAAAAUUUAAGUUACUGGGCCAAUAUUUUCCCUUGGUGAAUUUUAUUGAUUAAUGCUGUUUAAGUUUUAAGGAGAGAAUAGCUUUCAACAAGAAGACAGUGCUAUAUCACUUAUGCAGCAGUAUAAGGUUCCCGUAAAUCCGUACAAAGGAUUGGAGCCCAAGCCCAAUAAUUAAGAAAAUAAAGACUAACCAUUAUUGAUGAGAGCCCAAGAAAUUACAGGAAACGAAAACUGGGGCUGACUUUUUAUACAUUCUUGUGUACUGGCAGCCGAGUUAGAUAAAUGUUAAAGUUAAAGUCUAUCACACAGCCACACUUGCAUUAUUUUUACUACUGGUUGUACUUGGCGUUUCAAACUGGAAUGCUGGAAACCACAAUGGGCAAAGCAAUGGUUCUAAUUAGUGCCAUAAUCAUCAAUGUAUGAGACGGUGUUGUCCAAACUUAACUCGUGUCCAAAUGUUAUUGAUAUUUUAAUCUUCGAUAUUUGGACCAAAUUAAAGGUUUUGCCUAAUAAAUGAAAUCAAAUUUAUUUUACUAUAUAUCUUCUUCUAUCUGUAAACUAGAUAUCUAUUUCUGUCUUUUAUUUUUAAAUAUUGAAGAAUACUGAUAAUAUAAGCACAUUAAAGUCCUUUUCACCUUAGUUAUAUAACUUUAUAGGUAAGAAAUGGUCAAGAGUAUUAUUUAAGAUCUCAAGCUGUAUAUUUCUGUUCACAUUAGCACUUUGACCUUUUCUUCAGAAAAACAUAAAACCUGUGUGGUUAUUAUUAGAUGAUAUGUUUCAGUUACAAGUUUCAGUCUCAUAUUUACUAAAAGACUGAGUAAAUGUAUCAUCCAAAUCAUUUAAUUUAACCCCCAGUUAAAAAUGACCACUUAUGGAAAGUCUCCAUAGAAUUUUUUGUCACUUGGAUACAACUAGUGUUGCUUAAAUAAGUACCAUAAUGGCUUCUCUUGGUGUUAAGCUUUCACAAGGGGGAGCUGUCUAAAAAGAGGUUGAAUCACAAGUUCCUAUUAGACCGAGUUCUAUAAGGCAUAAAUAGAAAGUAUAUUUGCAAUUGUCAAGUUUUAUUUUAACAUUUCAGUGAGUUAUUUUUUUUUUUUUUAAUUUCUAGUUUUGUGGAUAAAAGAGGAAAAAA